CUUAUCCACGACAAACACCAUCUUCAUCAUCUUUGCAACAGCCCACAACAACUUUAAGCCACUCCCUCCCAACAGUCGUCCGUUUCUUCAGGACCCCCGAGAGCCCUCGACUUACAGGCAAGCGAUCCAACGAGCUCACCUGUCCCGCGAGUUGUCUGUGCCUGAUCGCACUCGACCUGUUUCACAAUCACAAUCACCAACACUAUGUCUUCCGAUGAGCGUCUUUGGAAGUUCAGCAAGCCGGAAUGGCUGAACAGCGUCCAUGCCCGUAAUGCGGGAGUGUACGCCUCAGGAGCCUUGUUCUCCCUCGCCUUCUACAUCCUCCUCGACGCCGCCGUCUGGUCAAAGUCCUCGCAGAACGGCUCAGACGUGCACGUCACCUUCAUCGACUGGCUGCCCCUCAUCUUCUCCUCGCUGGGGAUGCUGAUCAUCAACUCGGUCGAGAAGCAGCGCCUGUCGGCCGACAGCUUCUCCUACAGCGGGUCCGGCGUCGCCUGGAAGGCGCGGGUCGUCCUCUUCCUGGGCUUUGCCGCGCUCGCGGGCGGCAUGGCCGGCGGCGUCACCGUUUUCGUGCUCAAGUUCGUGGUGCAGAGCGUCGAGUGGCCGAUGUUGGGUAUGGGCGUCGAGAACGUUGUCGCGAACGCGCUGGUCGGGGUGAGUAGCGUCGUGCUGUGGGUGAGCCAGAACAUGGAAGAUGAGUACAGCUACAACCUAGCGCUAUAAAGAGCGAAACAUUGGCGGGCAGAGAGGACAACGGUGUGUUUGGAAAGCGGAUUUGGACGGGGGAUGGAGACGCGUCUGGCAGUCUGUGUUUCUAUUUUUCGCAGGAGGCAUUACACUGUGCAUCAUUUGGGUUUCACAUUCUCUUACGUCUCUUGCGUGUACAGUAAUGGACGGACGGAGCAUGGGAAGGAAUUCUAUCUUGGCGCCAUGGACCAGUCGGCUGGGCUGGGAUUAUAUCAAUGAAUUAUGUUCGACUGG